AUGAAGACUGUCUUGCAGAACUGGCCAGCCAAUAUCUCUGAAAUAAAGGAAGAGGAUGUCAGUGAUGAGGAAGUGACGGGUGUGCAGGAGUUACCCUCAGAGCUGCCAGCUGCUGAACUGGCAGAGCAUAACGCUGAGGAGACCCCAGAUGAUGCGGUGCCUGAGGAGGCCUCUACAUUUGUCGCAUCACCGUACAAAUGGGUUGUUGAAGCUGACAACUACUUAUACCCAACAUCUGUGCCAGCCUUCAAUGAAGCUCUGGACAUGAUUGAAUCUGACCCAGACGGGUGGUGUGAUCUGACCCAGUUUGACCUGCCUGAGGAACCCUCGGCCAGCAGCAGCAGUAGCAGCAACAGCCCGGUGAGGCAAACCCCCAGCAAGCCAACACCGUCCCUGCCCAAUGUGACUGAGUACCGCCUGGACGGCCACACCAUCUCUGACCUGAGCAAGAGCAGCAAGGGGGAGCUCAUCCCCAUCUCUCCACACGCCGAGGUGAGCUUUGGCACACCACCCUCUGUGCUGAAGAGGCAGAAGAAGAGGAAGAUCUCCCUCUCCCCUGUCACGGAGAAUGCCACCAGCACAAGCCUUUCUUUCCUUGACUCCUGCAACAGCAUGACGCCCAAGAGCACCCCUGUCAAGACACUGCCCUUCUCUCCAUCUCAGUUCUUGAACUUUUGGACCAAACAGGAUACACUAGAGCUGGAGAACCCGUCUCUGACCUCCACACCUGUGUGCAGUCAGAAGGUGAUUGUCACCACCCCUUUGCACAGGGAUAAGACCCCUCUGCUCCAGAAGAACUCAGCGUUUGUCACACCAGAUCAGAAGUAUGUGGUGGACAACACACCUCACACCCCCACGCCUUUCAAAAAUGCCCUGGAGAAAUAUGGACCAAUUAGGCCUCUGCCCCAGACUCCUCACCUGGAAGAAGACUUGAAAGAGGUGCUCCGAAGUGAAGCUGGCAUUGAACUUAUCAUAGAGGAUGAUGUGAAGCCUGAGAAACAGAAGAGGAAACAAUGGUUGCGCAGGAGUCCCAUCAAGAAGGUCCGAAAGUCUCUGGCGCUUGAUAUUGUGGAUGGAGACAUGACACAGAAUACGCCUGGCCUCCCCAAGACUGUCUGUUUCAAAAGAGCCCAGCCUGUGAAUUUCCUGUCGAGGUCCCUGAACAUUUCCUCCUCGAGCAGGAAGAAUGACAGCGGUUUGCUCAACAGAGCCUUCGUGCAAGUGCAGCCAGAGAAGAUGUCCUACAGGAAAAUGCCGAGCCAUUUCAGACCACCAGCACCGAUGACCAGGGCUUGGAAAGCAGUGGCCUGUGGUGGAACCCGAGACCAACUCUUCAUGCAGGAGAAAGCCCGACAGUUUUUGGGCAUGUUGAAACAGUCUCACACAUCAAGGACCUUAAUCUUAUCAUGAAGGAUUGUUCUGCUUUUUUAUUUUAUUUUUUAAUUUUUUUGUAAGUGGAGAGGAAGGGGAACCACAGGAAAAAUCUCCUCUGCCAGGCCAAAGUGUGUGGGGGUGAAUUUUUCUUCCUUCUGUUCCUGGGUAGAUCUGUAUUGUAAUGAAUUGGGCUAAUUGCUGGGUAA